GGCGGGAGAGGGAAGCCGCGACGAGAGUACUGCGCGUGCGCAAACCUAAGAGUGCGCCUGCGAUCCACCUUCUGCUUUGGUUCGGUUGCUCUAGAACGCUGCGGGUGGGAGGCCAAGCCUGAGGCCAGCCUCUUCUGUCUGACUAGACUCUAAGCUCCAUGAAGACAGAGGCUCGCUCUCUCCCACCUCGCGUCACUCGUGUCGCGUGGCAUGUCGAACCACGCAGGCACCCUCAUAAAAAUCAGUUGAAAAAUCCAAACGUUCCAGGGAUGAGUACCACUUGGAUCACGUUACUGGCAGUGCGUCGGAGGGAACAGAUGUUCCCAUUCAAAUCCACGAAACUGGAAACAUGAGAAAACAACAAUCAUGACAUUGAUUGAUAGUGAUAUUUACUGUGUCAGACCGCGUCAGCUCAGCUAGAAGACAGACGUGCAUACGGUAGUCUUUACAUUUGAUUUCAAAGAUUCUCAAAUGCCUAAAUAACGUCGCUGAACUUGGAUCCUAAUUCUUGCUUGAUACGCUGUUCAGUGUUUCUUUAUCGAAUUACAUCCCCGUUCUUUUGAAUGUCACGCUCAAGACCUCUCCUUCCGAGAAGGCAGUGCCUCUGGGGCUUCCAAGAUAUUUUCAGUUUGAAAAAAUUUAUCAGGGGCGCCCGGGUGGCUCGCUCGGGCAGCGAGCAGGCAGAGCCCUCUGCAUGAGGCCCUUGGCUUGCUUUUACUGGGCCACAGCCCUGGCCAGAAUAUGGCCAGUGCCAGGGGGCCCCAGGCCUUGGGAGAAGCAGGCGCUGCUCGCGCCGACAGCAGCAGUCACUGUGGUGCAGGUGGCAGGCAAAAAGGACCGCCCCGCUCUGCCUCCCCUGGAGGAGAGGGACCUUGAAGAGCAGUUCGUGAAAGGGCACGGCCCAGGGGGCCAGGCCACCAACAAAACCAGCAACUGUGUGGUGUUGAGGCACGUCCCCUCCGGCAUCGUCGUCAAGUGCCAUCAGACAAGAUCGGUCGAUCAGAACAGAAAGCUCGCUCGGAAAAUCCUCCAAGAGAAACUGGAUAUUUUCUACAAUGGUGAAAACAGUCUUGUUUACAAGGAAAAACAGGAGGCAGAGAGGAAAAAGCAAGAGAGGAAAAAAAGAGCAAAGGAAACCCUAGAGAAAAAGAAGCUGCUGAAAGAACUCUGGGAAGCAAGUAGAAAUGUCCACUGAGAAAGAACCGAAGAUGCUUUUCUGUUGGUUGUUUUUGUUCUUAAGACUUCCAUCCAGCGUGGGGCUUGAACUCACAACCCCGAUCCCGAGAACAAGUCGCACGCUCUUCAGGUACCCCUGAAAAAAAUCACAGAUUCUAACUAAAGAACCUGCAGAUGCAGGGGCAUCUGGGUUGCUCAAUCACUUAAGCAUCCGACUGUUGACCUAAGCUCAGGUCAUGAUCUCAAGGUCGUGGGAUCAAGCCCUGCAUCGGGCUCCAUGCUGGGCUGGGAACCUGCUAAGAGUCUCUCUCCGUCUCCAUCUGUGCCCACACUCCCUCUCCCGCCCCGCUCAUGCUUGCACACUCCGUCUCUCUAAAAAACUAAAUAAAAUAAAAUAAAAUAAAAUAAAAUAAAAAAUAAAAGAACCUGCCAGAUGUUUCCGAGGAAUAAUGGUGGGGAGUUCCAUCCAUCAUCUCAAGCAUUACUCUAGGAUUUCUGUAUUUCUGACACACUUAAUAUUUUUAAAUCAAAAUUUUUUAAAUGGUGGACUAAACUGUGACGAAUAAAGACACAACAUUUGGAGAGUUAAACUAUAAAGAGACACACAGAAAAGACAUUGCUGUAAAAGGACAGCGGCUAUUUUUUCUGUGGGGCGGAAAGGGGUCAUCAUGAUAGGACACCCAGAGGGGCUGUGGAUGGCUGACAAAGUUCUUUCUGGACCUUGGGGGGGUAGUUACAAAGAUGUCACUGUAUUUUUUUAAACUGCGUAUUUGUGUGAUUGUCUUGUUUUAUUAUCAAAGGUUAAAAAUAAAACUUUUUGAAAAAAGCAUUAAUAA